UCCGAGAGGGACCGCCGGGGGGCGCACGAGUCCGCCAGGAAGAGAGGUGUUCUCAGGAGGCCUGAAGAUCAGCGGUGAACCAUGGGUUUUGGUGACAUUUCCUUAGGCCCGUUUCCAAAUCCGUGAUGCCAUCGGUCUGCUGCACAGAUAUUCUCCUUCGCGUGGAAAUCAAAAGCUGCAGAAAGAAUGGCUUGUGAGGGAUUACCAGAAGUUUGGAGCUGACGUUCUGAGGCAACUGCUCAGGAAGCCAUCCUGCACGCGUCCGCAGCAGACAACUCUUCACUUUCCAAGGACUACUGCAUGCAUUAUAACCCCAGCUGGACACGGCUUCCAGGCUCCCUAGGAAAUGCAACCGCUCUCAGCUUGAUGAAUCUGACUGGCACGCCACUGUGCCACCCUUCUGAUAUUCCUCCCGGUGGCAUAAAGAACAAAGCGGUGGUGGUCCAGCGGGGACCCUGCCAUUUUCUUGAAAAAGCCAAAGUUGCACAGGAAGGUGGUGCUGAAGCAUUGCUGAUCGCCAACAGCAGCGUCCCAUUUCCUUCCUCAAGGAACAAAUCUGAAUUCCAAAAUGUGACUAUACUAAUUGCAGUUAUAAGCCAGAAAGACUUUAAAGAUAUGGAACAGACUCUUGGACAUAACAUUACCGUGAAAAUGUAUUCUCCAUCCUGGCAUGACUUUGACUAUACUAUGGUGGUUAUUUUUGUAAUUGCUGUGUUCACUGUGGCAUUAGGAGGAUACUGGAGUGGACUCAUUGAAUUGGAAAACAUGAAGGCUGCAGCCGACACUGAGGAUAAAGAGAGGAGGAAGAAGAAGGAAGAGUACUUAACCUUCAGCCCUCUUACAGUGAUUGUGUUUGUGGUCAUCUGCUGUGUAAUGAUCGUCUUACUUUACUUUUUCUACAAGUGGCUUGUUUACGUUAUGAUAGCAAUUUUUUGCAUAGCGUCAGCAAUGAGCCUGUUCAACUGUCUUGCUGCAUUGAUUCACAGGAUGCCGUGUGGACAGUGCACGAUUUCGUGUUGUGGCAAAGACAUUAAAGUGAUCCUGGUUUUCCUUUCUGGAUUCUGCAUCUCAGUCGCUGUUGUGUGGGCUGUGUUUAGAAAUGAGGAUAGGUGGGCUUGGAUUUUACAGGAUAUCUUAGGAAUUGCUUUCUGUCUCAACUUAAUUAAAACAAUGAAGUUACCCAAUUUCAUGUCAUGUGUGAUACUGCUAGGCCUUCUCCUCAUCUAUGAUGUGUUUUUUGUCUUCAUAACACCCUUCAUCACAAAGAAUGGCGAGAGCAUCAUGGUGGAACUCGCUGCUGGGCCCUUCGAGAAUGCUGAAAAGAAUGAUGGAAACUUUGUGGAAGCCACUGCUCAACACUCAGCUCCCCAUGAGAAAUUGCCAGUACUUAUCAGGGUGCCAAAACUCAUCGGUUACUCAGUGAUGAGUGUAUGCUACAUGCCCGUUUCAUUAUUGGGUUUCGGAGAUAUUAUUGUACCAGGCCUGUUGAUUGCAUAUUGUAGAAGAUUCGAUGUCCAGAGUGGUUCUUCUAUAUACUAUAUUUCAUCCACAAUUGCCUAUGCUGUUGGCAUGAUAAUUACAUUUGUUGUCCUGGCGCUGAUGAAGAGGGGGCAGCCUGCUCUCCUCUACCUAGUACCUUGUACACUUGUUACUGUCUCAAUCAUUGCUUGGAGCCGUAAGGAAAUGAAAAAAUUCUGGAAAGGUAACAGCUAUCAGGUGAUGGACCACCUGGACUAUUCAACAAAUGAAGAAAACCCUGUCGCUCCUGAUGAGCAGAUUGAACAGCAGUAAUUUCGUGGACCUACAAUGAUGUGUUAUUGAUUUUCUACAAAUAGAAUUUGGCUUUUUUUUUCUUUCUUUUUCCUUUUUUUUUUCUUUUUUUUUUUUUUGGCGUUUUGAGACAGAGUCAGGACUGGCGCUUACAAUCCUCCUGCCUCUGCCUCCCAAAUGUUUGGGACUAUAGCUGGCAACACUGUGCCCAGCAAGUUUUAAAUCAAAGUUUGAAUUGAAAAUUGGCCACGUUUUUUUUUUUGCCAAUCCAUAUUAUUAUGAGCCGGUAGCAUCUAUAGUGAAAGUACAUUUUCUUUUAAUUAUCUUAAAAUUGUGCCUUCACAAUCAACUAAAAACAUAGGGUCUGUGCAGUUUUCAAAUGUAUUAUAUACAUUAUAUUUUUAUAAAAAAAAAAAAAAGCCACCCUGACCCUUCCCUGUACUUGUCUUACUAAAAUACUUCUCCAGAUUCUAAGGAUAGAUCAUGUAUAACUGUCAAAGCAAAUUUCUGAGUAGAUGUUUUUGUAAAAUAUUUAUGCAAAUCUUAUUUCCUCUAGAGAAAUAACUACUUUAGGCUGUGCAAGAAGGCAGUUCAGCAAUGAAAAUUGGUCUUUCCUCCAUGCAGAGGUUUAAAAGAUACACAAGGAGACAUAGACACACCCGUUACCAUUUAUGUUUAAAGUCUUUGUUUGCUUUUAUUUUUAUUUCAUGUGUAUGGACGUUUUGCCUGUGUGCAUCUGUCUGUGUAUCUCACUGAUGCCUGGUGCCCAUGGAGAUCAGAGGAGGCUGUUGGAUCCCCUGGGACUGAAGGGACAGAUGGCUGUGAGCUGCCAUGUGGGGGCUGGGAAUAAAACCCAGGUCCUCUGAAAGAGCAGCCAGUGCUCUCAACUGCUGAGCCAUCUCUCUCCAGCCUUGUAGUUUAAGUUUUUCAAAAAUUGUAACCCUUGUUUUAAACUUGAGAACCCAAAUUACUUCUGGCUGCAUGUGUAUUAUAUUAGACUAUUUUUCAGAUGGAAGGAAACAUAAUAUAUAUAGAAAGAGUCAUUAGAAGGACACAGAAACUGAAUCUGGUUUAUAUUGGUACAGCAUUUACUUGAAGAUACAGAUUAAACUCUUAUACUCUUAAGUUUUAUUUUGUUUUUUUUCUGAUCUUUGAAAUUUGAUUCUAUUGAUUAGGUAAAGUUUCAUCCUUUAAAUGUUUUUCUUAUCUGACUCGAUAUCAUGUAUAACUUGUUGUUUGCCUUGAGCACCCUGACAACCCCACGUCAUCGCCCCCCCUAGUUUCCACUCCUUUUGUGCACAGACAAGCGCUGAGGCUAAGUGUGCUCUCGGUCAUCACUUUUCUCCCACCCAGGACGAGCCAUCAGACCAGUUAGCUAAUCCCUUUGCUGGUUUGCAACUUGAAAGAGAUUAUUUUCUUCUCUCUUUUUUUUUUGGUGAAAUCUCAGGUGUUUUUCUAGUUUUAGAGGUGAAGUUAUCUUUCAAAUUUUUUUUUUAACAAUUUCUCUGACAAAGUACCAAGGUGACAGACAAGUCAUGACAAAAGCUCAGGAUUUUGCAUUUCUGUGUAAACAGUGCACACAAUAGGUGAACAAAUCCAGUCUUUCGUGUUAAGGCCAAUUCAUCUUAUUCAAAGGUAAAACUGGUGCAUUGAAAAAAAAAACGGGUUAGACCUUUGAUAUUUGAGCUAAAGUUCACACUAAAUGCUUUUGUUUAACUGUUAACUUUUGCUGAGUAAAGAACAGAGACGCUCCUGGCAGCUGCUUCUUUCUGCUCGGUGCAGGUGUGGGCUCUUUGGUUCACAGCGCAGAGCUGCCUGACUAGAGACAAGUGCCCCUCUACAGUCCUAACUGUACUUUCUCUUAAAACGUCAAUAAAAUGUUUGCCAAGAUACAGCUGUUUUACUAACAUAUGCAUCCUCAUUCAAAUCUGUGAUAUUCGAACGCGCCAGUUACGUUUGUAUGAAGACUGUUAAAAUUACCCUUUUAAGAACUGUGUUGAGAUAAGUUUUCAAAAGUAAUUUGGUUUCAUUAAUUUGUAACUAAUAUUUUAAUUUCUUAACCUAAAUUUUGUUCCAAAAAAAAAAAAAGAAAACAUUAACAUGUCUACAAAUCUGAUUUCUGAAUUAUUUGAAGCAAAUUCUGUUUUACCCAACCACCACCAUUGUAAUUAAAGUCUUACGUAUGGGCUGGAGUGCAGCUCAGUGCUGGAGUACUUGCCUAACAUUUUCAAAGUGCCUUCCCCUAGAACUGCCAAGGAAACAACUUACGAAGUAGCUAUAAAUAACAAAAAUUUCCUAGAGUCUGUAUCCUCACUGCCAAUUUCAUAUGUAUUUAACUCUCCUAGCAACAUAGUUGAAAAUAGCCCCAUAGAGAAAAUGAAGUACAGAAAUACUUUGUGUCAGAAAUCAAAAUGAAUAGAUACCAGAGGUGAAAAUCUGUUGUCUUUUCCUCUCUUGCUUACCUAACACCAGUAACUUUUAAGAGAUAGAGACAUUGGAUUUUUUUUUCCUUGAACAUGCUUUAAAAACAAAGUAUACUGUAUUUAUUAGUAAAUAUUGCAAAAAUAAAAUACAUGCUAGAACGUUUCAUACUUCUGACUGAUCAAAUAGAAAUCGCUGGGUUUUUUUUGGGGGGGUGGUCAUUUUUUCAAGGCAGGGGUUCUCUGUGUAAUCCUGCCUGUCCUGGAGCUCGCUCCAUAGAGUAGACUGGCCUAGAACUUGGGUCAUGCCUGCCUCUACCUCCCAAGUAGUAAAAGUGUGAGCCGCCACCACCCGGCAAAAUCAUUGAUCUUAAAUGCAUUUUCUUUUCACCCAGCUUACAAGUUCUACUUUCACCAGCAAUUUCUUCAUAGUAGAAUGUGAUUUAACACCCUUUUGAAGGAGGAUACUUUUGUUCCAUAUGCUGCUAGCAUUGAUGUAUCUUAGUUACAUGUGCAUACAGGUUUGGGUAAAAUGGCAUAUUUAUAACAAAUAGUGAGAUUUCUAGUUUUGUUUGCUCUUUCAAUGCCCACAUUUUUUUUUAAACUAUUUUUCAGUCAUGGGGGCUCUAAUCCAGGGCUUUGCACAGGCUGAGUAAGGGCCGUGCUACUGAGCAUCAGGCCCAGCUACUCAAUUUCUGCCCUGGGUAGACGUGGGAUUAGAUUUACAUUUGUUGGAAAUAUACCUGGUCUGUUAAGCUGAUUCUCUAGAACUUCAGCUUGAUUCCAGUCAGCGGAGUUUCAGAGCUGGGAGUUGCUCAGCUGGCUGGUGGAAUACACUGCUUCGAGAGGCUUUUGCAGUGUUCUGUGAAUAAGAAAAAUAGGUUGAAUCAACUCGUGGUCGCAGUACAUGGCCUGUUCACCACGCGGCAGUUUUGACGAGGCAUUAAAAGAACUAUAAACUUUGAAAUUUACAAGAAACGCCUAAAGUCUGUCUAGCUGGUCUGCAGCUUCCCAGGAGAACAAGUGAGUGCAAACUCAGUAGCUUUUGUCUAGUUUUUUCCCUUUCACAUUGUACUCAGAUUAGUACCUUUUUAAGAAUACAUAAUUGGAUUUUCACUUCUUAGAUGAUUGGUUUGUAUAUGGGAUUCUUUUUCUAACACUUUUCUAUGUAAGUGAGUGUAAACUAAUAUUUUUAUAACACUAUUAGACUUAUGGAACAUGAUUUAAAACCUAAUUUUUUGGAGUGUUAAUUUAGUAAAUUAAGCUCUUUUCAUAUGUGCCAAUCUGACAAGACUGUGUUGAAUUUACUGUAGUGUUCAAUAAAUUCUAUUUUAAAAUAAAAA